AUGGUGUUCGCAAAGACGUUCUCGAGCUUGGUGGACUACCCACUCGAAUCUUUGCUCAUUUUGUCAUGUGUGCUCUCCACUGUGUAUAUCCUUAGCAAUGAAUUCGUGCGGUACAUGGCCCGCAUUAAGGGUUUCAAGGGUCCGCCGGGGCUUCUCAUGAUUGGAAACCUCGAGCAAAUCCAAGAGAAUGCCGCUGAGCAAUAUCGGCAGUGGUCUGCAGAGUACGGCCCCGUGUACCAGAUCCAGUUGGGCAAUAUCCCUAUCAUCGUGGUUAAUACCGCUGUUUCUGCAAAGGCACUGUUCAGCCAGAAUUCUCAAGCAUUAAGCUCGCGACCUGAGUUUUACACAUUCCACAAAGUGGUGUCAAACACCGCCGGCACAACAAUUGGAACUUCUCCUUAUAGUGAAUCCCUCAAGAGGCGAAGAAAGGGAGCGGCGGCUGCUCUCAACAAACCAUCUGUCCAAUCAUAUGUUGGCCAUUUGGAUCUUGAGACUAAGGAUUUCGUGGCUGAACUGCUUAAAUAUGGACACGCGGGGAAUACGGCCAUUGACCCCAUGCCUAUGAUUCAGCGGCUCAGUCUUAGCCUUGCCCUUACCCUAAACUGGGGUGUACGGAUGGCAUCGCAAGAGGAGGAGCUUUUCAAGGAAAUCACACAUGUCGAAGAUGAGAUUAGUCGAUUCAGGAGCACCACUGGAAACUUACAGGAUUAUAUCCCUCUUCUUCGCCUGAACCCCUUCAAUUUUGGGUCCAAGAAAGCCGCAGAAAUGCGGGAUCGCCGAGACAAGUACUUGCAACACUUGAAUGCUGGCCUCGAGGAAAGGAUGGCCAAGAAUGAGCAUCAGCCAUGCAUUCAAGCCAAUAUUAUGCUUGACGAGGAAGCUAAAUUGAAUAAAGAAGAGCUUACUUCAAUUAGCUUGACUAUGCUUUCUGGAGGAUUGGAUACCCUGACUACAUUAAUAGCUUGGAGUAUUGCUCUCUUUUCCCAAAGACCCGAUAUCCAGGAUAAAGCUGCAGACGCUAUCAAAGAGUUUUAUUCUCAAGACCAACCGUUAUGUGAUGCAAUGGAUGACCAAAAAUAUUUCACGGUCCUCCGCCUUGCACUCCCCCGAACUUCGAUCAAGGACAUCACAUAUGAGGACAAAGUCAUCCCAAAAGGAACCGUCUUUUUCCUCAAUGCAUGGGCAUGUAACAUGGGUCAGUAUACUUAUUUUAUCCUCUUCCGUCCUAUCUGUGCAGUAUCCUCGAUCAUACGUGCUAACCCUUCUAUCUUUGAAGACCCCUAUGUAUGGAGUGAUCCCGAAGUGUUUCGCCCCGAGCGCUGGAUCGAAAAACCAGAAGCACCACUAUUUACAUAUGGCCUCGGCUAUCGCAUGUGCGCUGGAUCAUUGCUGGCCAACCGCGAGAUUUAUCUCAUCCUAAUGCGCAUGCUAAACAGUUUCAGAAUUACUUCAGUCGAAAAGAUCAACACUCAUCCAAUCCACGGAAAUUCUGAUCCAACGAGCUUGGUGGCCAUCCCUAAUAAAUAUAAGGUGAAAUUUAUACCGAAGAACAAAACUGCACUCGAUGCGGCCAUUUCUAACUUCUCUUCGAAAUAA